UCGUCGCAUCUUUUUUGGUUGGGUGACUUCUGACUCGAAAUCGCAAAACCACUCAUUUGUCAAAUAUGCCAAUUACAACUCUCUUUAUCAACUAGCCAACCAUUUUCAGAGAGUACCAAUGCACACAAAACUCUUGUAGAUGGUGAGAGGAGAACUCGCGGUUGUUGUGGCUGGUAAGGAGGAAACCACCGUUAUCUUACUCUACAUUUGGGUAGCAUGUGUGGCUUUCUCGGUCAUAGCCACCGUGAUUUUCUCAUGUAGCGACGGAGCUUCUAAACCUCACGCUACUGAAGACGUCAACGGCUCUACGUGCGCGGCUGGUUGCGGUGGUGGUUGUGGAGGCUAAAAGGGAGAUAUAUAUUUUGUUCACUUUAGUAAUAUUUGAAUAUCUUAACCAUAUUGUCUUCUUGGUUUCUUGAAUGUAACAAUGUAUUGAUCUAAUACGCUUUCGAUAAUUAAAGAUAAGAGUUUUAGUAUUGUGUUUUUCUU